AUGAAUAAUAUCAAUUAUGAUGAAGAACUGAGAACAACACACUUUUACCAGAAUAUACCAAAGUCCCAAAGAAAUGAAUAUCCAAUAUUUUUAAAUAAAGAAAAAACUAAUGAACAUUUAAAAAGUAAUAAUAGUAUUGAUCUAAACUAUAGUUUUUCUAUUAAUAACUAUGAUAAUGUAAUAAAAAUGAAAGAGAAAAAAGAAUUAAAUCAGGUACUCCUAAAUUAUGAAUUAGGGACACAAAGGAUGGAAUGUUUUGUUGGAAUAGAUAAUGAAAAUGUUCUUUAUAUAAAGGAAGAAUAUAUAAAUCAUAUUAAUAGUAAAAAUAUCCUUGUAAUAAUAAACCUAUAUGUUUGUAAUUUAUUUUAUCAUUUAAAGAAUAUAGGUAAAAAUAUCCAUAAUCUUUAUUUGUCCUUUGAUAAAAUCGUUUCUCCUUUUCAUUUCAGUUUUAAUAAUAACUUUUGUGAAAAAUGCAUUUCGAAUGACAAUCAAAAUUUUACCUGUACAGAAAAUAAUAAUUCUGACUUUUCUGAACAAAGUGAAAAAAAUUCUGAACAGGCAAGGAGAAAAAAAAAAAAAAAUUACAAAGAAUCAAUAUCUUCACAUAAUUACAAUAAAAGAAAUAGUGAACACACAUUUAUACACACGUGUAAAAAAAAACAGAAGAAUGAAUAUCUUCCUAAUGUGUUAAUUUUAUGGUGUAAACGAGUAAAGAAUGUAAUAAAUAUUUAUAAUAAUAAUAAUAAAAAGAAUAUUAAAAUUAAGAAAAGAAAAAAAAAAUUGGAACAGAACGAUAAUAAUUCAAAUAGUUUAUUUUGUGAUGAAAAAAGUAGAUAUCGCAUAAAUGAAUGUAUUAAUACCUUAACAGAUGUAUUAUUUAAUAAGAAAAAUUUGGAUAUAUUUAAGAAUAUUCAUUUUGUUUUUCCGAAGGAAAAUUCUUCUUUUACAAAUAAAAUAAAACACAUUGAAUCAAAAAGAAAAAUUAAAAAAAUUUCAAAAGAAAAAUUACCUGUUGAUAAAAAUACAUCUACACAUAUAAAUGGAUAUAAUAAUACAGAUUCUUUAUUAUUCAUAGAUAAAGAUACACUUAAUUAUAAUUCAUAUGAUGAUGAUGAUAUAGAGGAAAUAACCGACUUAUAUAUAAUUAAUUUUAUAAAAUGUAAAAUUGAAGAUUAUUUUAAAAAUGUGGAAGUAAAAAAAUUUUGGAAUAUUAUAAAUGUGCAGUAUUUAACAAACUUUGAUUAUAAAUAUCCAUACAAUAAAAGGACGAAUGAAAAGACAUUUUAUAAUUCUAAUAAAAAUUUUUAUGAAUCUAUUUAUGAUUAUAUUCAAAUUAUAAGGAAAACGACCGUUAAGAAAGAUAUAAAAAUAAAUGAAAUAUCUAAAAAUUGUGAUGAAAAUAAUAUUAAUAAAAAAGAAGAAAAACAAGUAACAAGUGCUAAAAGCCCUACUUUAGAAAAGGGUAAAAUUUUAGAUAAAGAAUUUAUUUUAAAAGACAUGUUCAAUAAUCCUAUAAAAAAUUACCAUAUAAAUGAAGUUCAAAUUUAUUUAAGUAAUUAUGAUAAUAUAUUUUUAAAAACAAUUAUGCGUUUUUAUCUUUUAUUAAAUUUUUCUAUAGAACUGUUGACAAUCCUUUAUGAAGAUAUUGAUUUAUAUUCUAUUCAUAUAUUUUCUUUGUAUGAGAAAUUAAAUGAAUAUAUAUAUAAUGAACAGCAACUUUGUAAUGAAAAAGGAAAUUUUGAUAUUCAUCAAAUAUAUCAAAGUGAAGAUAAAGAAAAUAACUUGAGUCAUUUUUUUAAAAAUAACAUUUCUGAAAUGACUAGAAUGAAAAAUAAUAAUGAUGAUACAUUUCAUUUUAUAAAUUCUAAUUUAGAUGAUGGUUUAAAUUGUGAUAAUAAAAAUAAUAAUAUGAGUAAUAAUAAUAAUAAUAAUAAUAAUAAUAUGUAUAAUUUUUUAUUUCAUAAAAAUAUCAAUCAUAAUAUUUUCCCAUUCAAAGAAAAAAAGUUAGAUUGGUUUGUUUUCUUUUUAUUAAAGAUAUUAAUGAGAAAAUUAUACUUUGAUAAACAUGACAAUGAUAAUUAUUAUAUUAAAAAUAAUGAUAAUAAUGAUUAUAGUUAUAAAAUGAGCAUAAGAGAGAAAGAACAUCAGAACCUUCUCAAUUGUUUAAAUGCAGAAAAAUAUAAAGAAAUCCAAAAAGAAAUAAAAGCAUUAAUUAAGUAUACUUUAGAAAAAAGUAAAAUACAUUUUGAGCCUAUUCUUAAUUAUUUACUAAAUAUUUAUAAUAAAUAUAAUAAAAAAAGAAAAGAACUAAAUAAUAACAAUAAUAAUAAUAAUAAUAAAAUUGUUAAUUCAAAAUAUGUAUCUAUUCUAAAAAAAAAUUUUCUUUUAUAUUCAUUAAAUUUUUACACAUUAAAAUAUUUUUCACGUCGUGAUUUAUAUGUAAACAUGAAUAGCUUUUAUAAACCAAGACGUAAAAAAUACGAAUUAAAAAUUCCAAGGUAUAAUAAUAAAAUGAAAGAGAAAAUGAAUAAAUUUAAAAAGUAUGUAAGGACAUUUCAUUCUUUAAUAAUAAAAAUACAAGAAGUAACAAAUGAAUCCAGACAACAAUAUAAUGAUAACAAUUUGAAUAGUUCUAGAGGUAUAUUUUUCAAAAUAAACAAAUUUAUAUUAUUAAGAAAAAGUAGAAUGAUAUAUUUAAGACAAUUAAAAAAAAGGGUCUAUUCUUAUUAUUCGUUGAUACCUAUAUAUGGUAAUAUACAACGGACAGAAAAGAAACGUAACAAGAAAAUAUUUGGAGGUGAUAUGAAAAGGAAGAAAACUAAAAAGAAUAAAAAGAAGAACUUACCAAAAAAAAAAAAUAAAAAUAAAAAUAAAAAAAAUAAAAAUAAAAAUAAAAAACAAAAUAAUAAUAGUAAUAGUAGUAGUAGUAAUAGUAGUAGUAGUGGUAGUAAUUAUAGUAGUAAUAAUACCAGUUACAACAUAAAGAAGGAUAUUUUUUUUGAUGAAGGUAUGCACAAGAAUUUUUUUAUAAAAAUAUUAAAUAUUAUAAAAAUAAAAGAAAAAGUUUCCGAAAUUGUUAAAAGCAAAAAUACAAUUUAUAAAAAGUUAGUUAAAAAAAUUAAUGAGAGAAAUUAUAUAUAUACAGAGAAAUUGAAUAAGAAGAAAUUAGAAAGUUAUGAAUAUUAUUAUAAUGUUUUUAUAAAUUUAUUAAAAAUAGUAAAGAAUCAAGAUCAAAUUAUUAUGAAUAUUUUAUUUAAUAUGUUGAAAAAUAUUAAUGAUCAUUUGAAUCUUUUUUAUAAAAAUAUAUGUCUUUGUAUUCCUUGUAAAAUAUCCGAAGAAAUAAAUGUUGAAAAUGUAAUGAAACAUAAAAUUGAAAUAAUAAAAGGUGAUACUAAUUUAUUUCACCAUUCUAAUAAUGAAAAUAUAAGACAUAUGAAUGAACAUGAGCAAGAGGUAAACCAUUCACAUAUAAAAAAAGGGGAUACAGAUAUUAUGGAUAUAAGUAAUAUAGAGAUGAACGAUAUAAGUGUAUAUAAUAAUAAUGAAUUUAAUAGUAACACAAUUGAUAAUCAUAUAUAUAGUAAUGAUAUUCAAGGUAAUAACCAACAUGAUAAUGAUCAAAUAGGAAGUAAUUCGAUAGAAUGUAACUCUUAUAAUAAGAUACAUGAAGGAAAUAAAAAUAAAGAUAAAAAUAAAUGUGAUAAUAAUAAAUGUGAUAAUAAUAAAUGUGAUAAUAAUAAAUGUGAAAAUAAUAAAUGUGAUAAUAAUAAAUGUGAAAAUAAUAAAUGUGAUAGUAACCCCCCUAGUAGUAAUCCACUCAGCACAUAUCCCCCUAGUAGUAAUCCACCGGGUAGUAACACAUAUAGUAUUGAUCUACAAAAUAAUACUUAUAGUAGUAAUUUAUAUAGUAGUAAUUUAUAUAGUAGUAACUUUUAUAGUAGUAAUUUACAUAGUAGUAAUUUACAUAGUAGUAAUUUAAAUAGUAGUAAUUUUAAUAGUAGUAAUUUAAAUAGUAGUAAUUUUAAUAGUAGUAAUUUUAAUAGUAGUAAUUUUAAUAGUAAUAAUUUACAUAGUAAUAAUUUGCAUAGUAGUAACUUUUUUAGUAGUAACCCACCUAAAAGUAUCAUUCCACAUAAUAACACAUUUAACCAUAAACUUAAUACAUAUAAUGAUGAGCACAUAUCAAAUAGCUGUGUUAAUAAUACAAAGGAUAUAUUAAAUACAUGUUGUAACACGUUAAAUAGUAAUUUAUAUAGUAAUAAUAUAAGUUGUCAUGCUUCUUGUAGUAACAAUGAAUUUAAUACAAAUACAAGCUCUGUUAUGGAUGAUAAAUCGAUGAAAUUAGAAAAUAGCAAUUCUAUAUUAUUUUAUAUAAAUAAUAAAAAGGAGACAGACAAUAAAAUAAAAAAGAGUUCGGAAUAUAAUUAUAUAUAUGAAAAAUUAAAUAAUAAUAAAAAGGAUAAAUGCAUAAAUUGUGAUUCAUUACUAAAUGAGGAUAUAAUAAGAAAACGAAAAAUGAUGUUAGAUAACUUUUUCGAUAUAGAUAAAUAUUAUAAAAAUAAGAAUGAAAGAAUUAAUUAUUUAAUAUAUGAUAUAAGUAUUUUAAAAGAUUAUUUAUAUAUAUAUUUAAAAAAAUAUUUUGAUGACAUUAUACUUUUAUUUGAAUAUUUUUUUUCUAUAUCAUCUAAUUUUUUUUGUAAUGACUUGUUUGAUAAGACUUAUAAGGAUAUUAGAAUAAUUGAAUCGAAUGAUUGUAAUAAUACAUAUAGUCAUAUUUCUAGUAAAGACAAAAUAUUGCAUGAUAUUUUUUCUUUAUCAAGUUAUGAUAAUUUUCAUAUAUAUAAUAAGGACGAUAGUGACAGUAAUAGUGACAGUAAUAGUGAUAGUAAUAGUGAUAGUAAUAGUAAUAGUGAUAGUAAUAGUAAUAGUAAUAGUAAUAGUGGUAGUAUUAAUGGUUGUGAUAAUAUAUUAUAUAGAAGAAAGGAUUAUAAUAAUCAUAUGUUUAUAAAAAGAAUGAAAUAUUUUAUAAAUAAUGAUAUAAUACAAUUUAUUAAUAAAGGUAUGAAUUUUAUAAAUAAUUAUGUAAAUUUAAAAAUAUAUAAUGUAGAAAAAUCUUUUCCUAUAUUAUUUCGAUUACUAAAGGUUAAUAAUUGUAAGGACCCUGUGUUUCUUUUUAAUAUCUUAUGGAGUUUGAUUUUAAAAUAUAGUAAAUAUUGUAGAAAAAAAUUAAUAAAAAAAAAAACCUUAAAUAAAUUAUCUAAUCAUGUGAAUAGAAACGAAAUAGAAAAGGAUUUUAUAUUUGAAAAAAAAAGAAAAAUAUUUUUAGAAAAAUUCGGUUUAAAUUAUUUAACAGCAAGUGAAGAUAUUAUUCUUUAUUUGAAAUAUAUUGUAUGUAUGUGUAGUGAUAGAAACAAAGACAAUAAUAAAAAUAAUGAUAAAAAUAAUGAUAAAAAUAAUAAUAGGAAUUAUGAUAAGAAUUAUGAUAAGAAUUGUGAUAAGAAUUAUGAUAAUGAUAAGGAAUGUAGUAAAUAUGGAAUGUUUAAUAUCCAUAAGAACAACUGCUAUUUGUUUAAGAAUCACUUUUACAAUUUAUUAAGCAAGAAAAAUGAAAAGAUAAAUGAUAAAUGUGACAUGCACAUUCUUAUGAGAAGAAAAAAUAGAAAAGGGGAAGAGAUUAAUGAAUAUAAAGAAGAGGGCAAUAAAAACAAUACUGAUAAUAAUAAUAAUAAUAAUAAUUAUAAUAAUAAUAUUGAUGGUUGUAACAAAGAUGAUGAUGAUGAUGAUAAUAAUAAUAUUGAUUGUUAUAAUAAUGAUGGUCUUUUAAAAGACAUCCGAAAUAAAUUAAUAAAAAAAUUAAACAGUAAAUAUAUUAUACAAGAUAAAAAUAAAAUAAAAAGAAUUCAGAAAGGAGAAAAAGAAAAAAAUGAUAAUUUAGCACUUGAGCAAUUAUCUAAUAUAUAUGAAAUUAUUCAUUCUAAUAAUUUAAAGAAAUAUGAUAAUAUAAAAUUAUUUCUUAAUAUAGAGAAAAAAAAGAAAACCAACCGUAAAAGAAAAUUUAUAUGUGAAGAAGAAGAUGAAAAAGAGGAUGAAAAUUUAUAUAUAAAAGAUAUUGAUAAUGAAAGUAUAAAUAUAAGGAAAAUAAAAAAAACAGUUAUUCAAUUUAUUGAUGAUAAUAAAUAUGUAUUUCCAUAUAUAUUCAAUACUUUGGAUAGUAACAUAUUAAGUAAAGACAUGUUUACAUAUGAGUAUAUGAAUUUAAAUACAAAUUUUAUGUUUUUUCAUUAUGUAAAUAAAAAUGAAUAUUCUUUUAGAAACUCCAUUUUGAAUUAUGUGUAUGGGUAUCCUUUAUUUUGUAUAAAAAAAAAAAAUACAAAUAAUCAAAAUAUGACAACAUAUAAAAAAGAUGGUAAUAUAAAUGAUAGUAUUAAAAGAAAUAAAUAUUAUGACAGUGAAAAAAACAACGAUAAAAUAAAUUAUGAUAAUAAUAAAAAAGAGGCUUCUGAUUUUAUGAAUAAGUAUAAUAUUUCGUAUAACCCUCCUCUUGAUACUUUUCUUCUUAAUAAUUCUGACUGCAUUAAAUCAAAGAUGAGCGAUUUUUCAAAUGAUAAGAUUAAAAUGUGUAAUAAAAAAAGUAAAAAGGAAAAGGAUGGUGUUCAUAAUAAUGUGAGAAUUAAUAGGGGUGAUACAACUAAUGGUAGCUAUAGUGACUACAUCAAUAAUAAGAAGAGUUAUAAUGAUAAAUAUGAUUGUAAUAAAUAUGAUUGUAAUAAAUAUAAUUGUGAUAAAUAUAAUUGUGAUAUAUAUAAUUGUGGUUGUAGUAACUUUAGUGAUACAUUCAAACAAAUGAGACAUAAUAUUAAUCAGAAGGAUAAAGAAUGUAAAAGGAAACUAAAGAAAGAAGAUAAUAAAAAGAAAAGGAAAUUUUUAAUAAAUAUUUUAAAAAAUGUAAAUAUAUAUAAUAAGAUACCUUUAAAAUAUAUUCAUCUAUGUGUUAUUGCUGAUAUAUUUAAAUAUUUAAAUUUACAUCAUAUUGUUAAAGAUAUAAUGCAGAAAUUAUAUGAAGAGAAAUUAAAAGAAAUCCAAGAAAAAUAUGAUGAUAAUAAUAAACAUUAUAUAGGUAAUAUAUUAUUAUGCUUUUUAUUAUAUUUUCAUUCUUUUCUAGAUAUAUUAUGUGGAUUAAGAGAUGGACAUUUUAUUAACAUGUCACAUGAUGAUCAUAUUUUUAAUAUAUUUAAUAAUUUCAAUGAUUUGAUAUAUAAUAAUGGAAAGAAUUAUUUUGUUUCCUCGAAAAAAAAAAGAAAAAAAAAAGAUGAAUAUAAAGGUGUAGAACAAAAUAUAUAUAUAGAUGAAAGUAAUAUUUAUAAACAUAUGAAUAGGAAGAAAAACAAAUGUUAUAUAUAUUUAAAAAAUAAAUAUAGUAAACGAGGAAAUUAUUUAUGGUUAUUAGAAAAGAAAGAAAAAAAUGAUAUAUCAUCUUAUGUUGAUAAUAUAUGGAUACAUUUUUUAAAGAGCUCAAAUGAAGAAAAGAGUGAAAAGGAUAACACAAUAAAUAUAUCAUACAAUUUGAUAACAUUUUUAAAUAACUAUAUAGAUUAUAAUUAUUCGUUUUUAAAUAAUUGUAGAUUAGAUAUAGAUGAAAAUAAAAGUAAGAAUUAUUUGUAUAUCUUUUGUAAUGAGGAUAAUAAAAAAAUGGUUACACCUGAUGAGGAAUAUGAUAUAAAAGAGGAUAAUACAUGUUUAUAUAAAUAUUUAAAUAUAAGUAUUUAUAAUAUUGAUGAAAAUGAAUCAUAUAAUAGAUCUGUUUUAUAUUUAUCUCAUUUGAAUGAUUGCUCAUAUAAGUUCAUUUUAAAUGAUACUGAAGAUAAUAUAUUUUUUAAUUACGAACUUGUUGAAAAAAGAAAUAUAUGUGAUAUAGAAAUAGAAGGAUGUGUAAAGAAUAAAAAUAUAAAUAUAAAUGAUAUAUAUAAAAAAGAGAAUAAUUUUUAUAAUAUUAAAGAAUGUAAUUGUUGUGAUAAUAUUUUGUGUGAUAAAUCUGAAUUGAUUAAACUUUUAUUUGAUAUUAUGAUAAGAUAUUUAAAUGAUAUGUUAGAUAAAAAAAAGAGGUGUUUACUUGAUGCUGUAAUAAAUUUUAAAAAUUGUAAAAAUGGCUUAGAAGAUAUAAAAUUUACAUAUAUGUUAAUAUAUUUAUUAAAUUAUAAAAAAAAACAAGAUAAAAAAUGUGCUAUAGUAAUAUAUAAAAAUUUAUAUUAUUUAUUAAUUGAAAAAUUAUAUUAUGAACAGAACAAUACAAUUAAUAGUGAACAAAUGAUAAAUUAUAUUUUUAAUUUAAUUAAAAUAGCUAGAAUAAUAAAAAUAAAAAAUAAAUAUAUGAAAAAAUUAUUCCAAAUGUUACAAAAUUAUAUAGAAAAAUUCAAUGAUUUUCAUUUCUAUCUUUAUAAUAAAAUAUUUCUUUUUAUAUAUGAAGAUACAAAAACAGAAAAUAAAAUAUUUCUAAAGACAUAUUUAAAUAAAUAUUUUAAUAAUAGAAAAAUUAUAUCACAUAUAUUUAAUCAUGUUUGGAUUAAUCCAAAAGAUUCCAAAUUUUUGUUAUCUCAAAAUGAAGUGAAUGAAAAGAAAAACGAUAACAAUAAAACUGAUCAGAUUAUAUCACCCAUGGUUUAUUCAGAGGGUAUAAAUGAAAAUAUGCAGAUAAUUAAAGGUAAUAAUAAUAAUAAUAUUAAUAUUAAUAGUAAUAAUAAUAAUAAUAAUGAAUAUUCAUGUAAUAUUUAUAAUAUGGAUCUUAUAAAAAAUGAAGAAGAAAGAUCAAACAAUAUAAACCUAAUGAAAUAUUCAAAUUGUAUAAAUGAUGAAAUAAUUAAAAAAAUAUCUUUAAAAUAUAAAAACUUAUAUUCGAGUGAUAGUAAUAGUAACUGCUCUUCUCAUGGACGUGUCUUUUUUAAAACUACAUAUGUAAAGCAUAAAAAUUAUAGAUUGUAUGAAAAAGAGAAAAAAGAGAUAUUUAUAAAAAAAUCAAAAGACAGAAGUGUAUUAUAUUAUAAGAAACAUAAUAAAAUUAAUGAUGAAAAGAAAAAACGGGAUAUUAAAAAAAAUUACAAUCAAAGUGGUAUACACAAUAAUUAUCAUAUAUUUUUUAACGAACAGGAUAAAAUUAGAAAAAAGGAAAAAAAAAAAAGAAAAAAGGAAAAUAAUAAUUGUGAUUAUUAUAAUAUAAAGGAAUAUUCAUUGAAACCAAAAUAUAAUGAAAAGGAAUCAAAUUAUAAUAUAUCAGAUGAGGUCAUAGAUCUUAAUAAAAAUAGUAAUUAUAAUAAAUAUGAAGCAGACGAAAGAAACAAUAUGUUAUAUAAUAUAAAUGAAGGACAUGAAAAAAAAAAUAUAUAUAACAUGGAGAAAAAGAAAAAAAAAAAUAUUGAAGAUUAUAGUUCAGAUGAAUUUUCUUAUUUUGUUAAUAAAUCUUUUAUACAUUUUGAAAGUAAUAUGAGAAAAAAGAAUUAUAACAAGAAGAUUAUGCAAUUAAAUAUGAUAGGUUCAUAUAAAGACUGUAACAAUAUAGAUAUAUUAAAUAAUGGUAGUACUAAUAGUAGUACAACUACUACUACUAAUAGUUGUAGUAGUAGUAGUAGUUGUUAUAAUAGUAGCUGUGAUAUUACUGAUGUCAACAACGAUAUUGAUAAUAAGAGAGGUGAUAAAAGAGUUCUUAAUAAUUAUGAAAGAAAUGAUGAUAGAUGUAAUACAAAUGUAAAUAGAAAAAAAAAAAAUAAUAAAAUAUGUUUUUCUAUUAAUAAUUUGAAUAAUAAUAAUUCGGAAAAUUUUCUAUCUCUUUUAAGUAAUGCUGAUAUAAGAAAUGUUCGAAAGAACGAUGAGAAAAUGUUUUAUAUACAAAAUGAUGAGUAUUUAUAUAGACAUAAUAAUAAUAAUUAUUAUAAUAAUGAUAUAUAUAAAAAUAUAAUGGGACAUAAAAAAGAUGAAUAUAAAAUAUAUUCUAGGUUAUUAAAAAUGCCAUAUGAUAAUUCAUGUUGUUUUAUAAAAUAUAAAGCACAUUAUGAAUUUGAUGAUAAUAAAAAAAAUAAAGUAAAAAAAGAAAGAGACAAGGAACUAAAACAAAGGAAAACACAAAUUAUGUGUUUACCAUUAUAUAUUAGUAUAGUAGGUGGAUUAGAUAUAUUUUUAUAUAAAUAUUAUAAUUAUAUAUGUAAUAUGUAUAUAAAUCCUUAUUUUUAUAUGAACACAUAUUAUUUUGAAAAAUAUAUUCUCAAGAAAUAUUAUAAAAGCAAAAAUGAGGUUAACGAUGAUCAUAAUAAUAAGUAUGAUAAUAGUAAUUAUAUUAUGAAUUGUCAUAAUAAUGAGAAUGUAACAAAAAAUUAUGAUAACCUAUUAAUAUAUGAUUAUUUUUAUUACAACUACAUAUUUAAUAAUAAAUUUACUACGUAUGAUAGUUUUAAAUGUGUUCGUAAUAAAAGAAUAAGAAGCCAACGUUAUAUAAAAUUUUUUAAAUGUAGCAAUGAAGUAGAUAGGGAAUAUAUAAAUAAGAAAAGUAAUAAUCAUAAACAAGAAGAAAUCGAAAUGGAAGGAACAGACAAUGAGAAAAAAUAUAUAAUAAAUCAAGAUAAUGAUAAUAAAAAUGAAAUGGAUGAUAAAAAAAAUGAAAUGGGUGAAAAAAAAAAUAUAAUGGGUGAUAAAAAAAAUGAAACGGAUGAUAAAAAAAAUGAAAUGGCUGAUAAUAAAAAUGAAAUGGCUGAUAAUAAAAAUGAAAUGGCUGAUAAUAAAAAUGAAAUGGGUGAUAACAGUGUUUCUUCUUUUAUAUCAUCUUUGUCAUAUGAAGGAAAGGGAAAUAAAUCUAAAAUAAAAGACAAUAAUAUAAACAAUAAUAAAUACAAUGAUAAGGAAAGAAAAAAAAGAAAUGACUUAUCUAAUUUUAAUGUGUGCACAAAAUAUUACAAUAAUUCAAAAGCCCAAGAUAAAAUAAAAAAUGACAAUUAUAAAUUAAUAUGCUCAUCUAACGAAUAUAAUAAUGAAAAGAAUAUGUCACCUUAUUAUUUCUUUUAUAUGGAUGAUGAUUUAAGCACAGAUGAUGAAGAUUAUAGAUUAAAAAAAAAAGAAAUAAAUGACAUAUUUAUAUUAAAAAGGGAUUUAUUUGUAAUUGAUUAUCUGCAUAAUUAUUUUAAUUUUUCUGUAAUAAGAAAGAUGAAAAAUAUGAUAGAAGAUAUGUUUUAUAAUUACAAUUUGAAUCUUAUGUAUGUAAAUAGGAAUAUUCAAAUCAGUGAGUUGGAUCAUGAUAUAGAACAAAAAUGUGAGAAGAAAAAUGGAAUCUACAUAAACAUAUACAAUAAUAAUAAUGGUGAUACUACUAAUAAUGGUGAUACUAAUAAUAAUGGUGAUACUGAUAAUAAUGGUGAUACUAAUAAUAAUGGUGAUAAUAAUAGUAAGAUGUAUACUAUUAAGCAUAUGAAAGAAGACACAAUUAAUGAAUGCAAAACAAAUGAACUAUCAAAUAAACAAGGAAGUUUAAAUAAGGCAUAUACAAAUUUAAAAGAAAAGGAUAAAGAAAUAAUGAAAAAAAAUGAAACAUAUUUGAUUGAAAUAAUAAAUAACAAGAAAAAGACUAAUAUAAAGAAUGAAGAAAAAAUAAACAGAAAUAAUUGUCAUAAUAUAUUUGAUAACAGUUCAAUAAAAGAAGAAUUAAUAGAUAAGAAAAAGAUUCAAUUAUCUAUGACAGUAAUAAAUUUAGAAUAUUGGAAACCUGAAAAUUUAAAAGAAGAAGAUGGGAAUAUUAUAAAAAAGAUGAUUCCUAGUUUUAUAGAAACAUAUUUUGAAACUAUUAAUAAUAUAUAUCAAAUAGAACAUACAGAUAAAUAUUUAAUUUUUUUAUAUGAAUUAUGUUAUAUAGAUUUAUGUAUUAAUAAUUAUUUGUUUACAAUGAAAUUAUCAGAUGGAUUAUUAUUUUUAUUUAUAAGUAAUUUAGAAAAUCAGAUUAUAGAUUUAUAUAAAAAGAAUUUAUUUUCUAAUAAUAUUAAAAAUAUGAACCAUAUAUAUAAUUAUGAAUAUACUUUUAUAUCAUCUAAUUAUAAACAUAAAGAUAAAUAUAGGGAACAAACAAUGCAUAUAAUUAUGAAUGAAAAUAUUGUAUUUUACGAUUUUCAUUUGAUAAAAAAUUCAAAAGACUUGGAUAUUGUAACUAAGAAAACAAGUUCUAAAAAAGGAAAUAUCCUUGGUAGUAAAAAGGACACGAAUAAAUUGAAAAGGUGUAAUAUAAAUGAUAAUAAUAGUAAUAACAUAUAUGAUGAUAAUAAUAAUAAUAAUAACAUAUGUGUUGAUAAUAAUAAUAUAUGUGUUGAUAAUAAUAAUAUAUGUGUUGAUAAUAAUAAUAUAUGUGUUGAUAAUUAUAACAUGUGUGAUGAUGAUGAUAAUAAUAAUAAACAUAAUGUCCUGUGGUGGAUACCAAAAAGAAUAAGCGACAAUGUUAACGAUCUUAAAAAUGAUAAUACUCCUGCGAUAAACAAAAAAAAAAAAAAAAAAAAAGAAGAAGAAGAAGGAGGAGGAGAUACUAAUAUGAUUAAAAUAGAACAAUAUUUUGAAUAUAUACCAUAUGGUACAAAAAAUAAUGAAGAGAAGAAAAAACAAAAAAAAAAAAAAAAAAAAAAUUAUGAAAAAGAUAAAGAAAUAAUAGACAUUUUAGAAGAAAAAGAUAAUAUGAUGAGAGAAGAAAAUUCAUAUACAAAAUUGAAUACAAAUUAUGGUUUGAAAGAAAAGAUAAUAGAAUUAAAUAAAGAGAUUUCAAUUAAUGUGUCAUCAAAUAAUAAUAUAUGUAAUAAUGUUGAUAUAAUAAAAAUUAGUAACCCUUUAAAUAAACAAAUAUCGAAAGAAAAUUUUUAUUAUAAACUGAAUUUCUUAAAAGAAUAUGAAGAAAAAGAAAAGAAGAAAAUUAUAAACGAGAAAAAUAUUAAUGAUGUGUAUAUCAAAUUAUUUUUUACAGAAGAUUUUUUAAUUCAAAAAACAAAUAUUCCAGAAAAAUUUAUAAAAGAUAUAUUAAAAAAAUUAACACGUAAAAAAUUUUUACAGAAAAAUUCUUUUAAAGUUAUGAAUAAAAAGAAUAAUAAAACAACACAGUUUUUUGUAUAUUCUUUAGGACAUUUUGAUGAUCAUAAUAUUAUAGAUUUUGAUGAUAAUAAAAUAAUAAAACAUACUCAAGAACACUUCUUAUCAUCACAUUUGGAUAUACAAAUGUUACAAGAAAAUAAACUACAGCAAAAUAUACAUUAUAAUAACAUGAGUAAUAAAUAUAAUCAUAAAAAGGAUAUACAAAUGUUUAAUGCUCAUCCUUAUGAUUCUUUUGAUAAUGGUAUUGAGAAAGGUAAUACAAAUAUUAUAUAUGAAAACAAAAAAAUGAAAACAACAAAUUUAUUAGAAAAUAAUAUACAUAGAAAUAGUUUAAAUAAUAUAACUAGUGUAUAUAAUGAAAGGCAACUGUGUAGUAGUAAUAGAAAUGGUAAUAUAAAAAGUAAUGUAAAUUAUAAUAUAAAUGAUGAUAUAUAUGGCAAUUUAUAUAAUAAUAAAUAUACUAUAGUUGAAGAUAUAAGUGAUGUAAAUAAAAAUAUUGUUAUUGAAAAAAGUAUGAUUAAACAAAAGGAUAAUCAAUUAUCACAUAAAAACCAUAUGAUGUUAAUAAAUAAUAAUAUGUCUUAUAUAAAUUAUGAUCUAUCAUUUAAUAAAAAUAAUCUUUUUACAUAUGAUAAUUUAAUAAAUAAUAAUGUAAAGAAAAAUAGUCAUAUUCAAAGUGAUUUAAAAAUAAAGAACACUAAUAAUUAUAUAGAUAAUAGUCAUACAAUUAUAGAUACUAAUAUCUCUAUAUUAUGUAAUAAUAAUAAUAAUAAUAAUAAUGAUUGUAAUAAAACAGGUGUAAAAGAUAUUAUAUGUAUUAAAAAUAAUAAUAUUGUAGAUAGCGAAGAAAUAAAUAAAAUAGAAACAAAAAAACAACAAAAUAUUAAUAAAAAUUUCAAAGAAAAAAAAAAUAAUAUUACUAAUUUAUUAUUAUAUAUUAAUAAUAGUAAAAAAACUCAUAGUCAUGUUAAUACGAAUAUAGGAGUAAAUAAUGAUAAUCAAUUAAAUAAGCAAAAUAAUGAACUUGUAGAUUAUUUUUUGGAUGAUGUAGUUACUGACAGUGAUGAAGAAAAAACACUUCAAAAGAGACGAACAUUUGAUAAUUUAAAUCUUGAAGAAUCCUACGAAUUUUAUGAAAGUGAAAUUUUAAGAAUCACAAAAGAAAGAAUGAAUAAAAUGAAAUUAGAACCUGGAAAAAAUACAUCCACUCCCCUUUUCUUAAUUAUUAAUAAUUUAAAUAAAAUAUUAACAGAAAAAAAAUCAAAACAUAUAUCACAAAAAGACGUAUUAGCAAUUUUAAAUAUAAUGAUGAAAAAUAAUAAAAUCGCAAGAAUAGGAGGCAAUUGGCAACCCACAUAA